GUACAGAAAACCUGCAAUCGUGGUACAAUUUGAUUGGCGAAUUUCAAAAUGUUUAAUGAUGAAAAACCAAUAAGAAAUCGACUGUGCGUAUCAGCGAAUACAAUCUAAAUCACGAUUCGAUUUAUCAGCGACAAUCACGACCAGGUCGCAUAAUCAGCUCAGGAAUCAUAUAGUGCGCAUCAGUGUGAAUUCGCAUUCUGUUCGUUCUACACAGUAAAAUUAUUGUCCAUCCGGAAAGUAAAAAAGUAAAGGUACAACGAAAGACAAUGAAGACUUUAUUUUUCGUUGGAUUAAUAGCCAUGGCUCUUAUUGGCUCUUCUAUGGCUGAUGAAGAGGCAGGGGCUCAGCUGCCGAACUGCAUUUGUACCAGGAUCUACAGCCCUGUCUGUGCCACCAAUGGUGUCACCUAUGACAAUGAAUGCUUAUUCAAAUGUACUCGAAAUGACAGACUCAGUCGAGGCCUUGAAACUAUAGAGAUUGCGAAAAGAGGAAUGUGCAACGAAGAAUCCUGGUUCUAAAUUUCCACAUCAUCAAUAUAAUCAACACCGGACGUCCAAUUUGAAGCAAUGCUUAUCUAUUAAAAUAUAUUGAAUGCAUAUAAUAUUAAA